AUAGCGUGAAACAUCAUGGCGCUGUCCAUGCAGUGAAAAAUAAUGCAUUUUACCUCGUAAUAUGUUUAUUUUCUCGAUAUUACAAAAUUUCCUGGCACGUUAAAACAACGAGGAGGCUGCAUUUGUUUCAUAUUGUCCAGUUUUAUGGUUUCCUGAAAACAACGCCAUGUCUGGGUCAAAUGUUUGGAACCGCACCCGAGAAAAAUUAAGACGUUUUCCAGAAAUGUUUGCACAAUGUUCGGAAGAGGCAGCAGUUUAUGGCAAAUGUGUGGCUGCUACUACAUCAAGCAGACAGGAACUGAAGAAGGACCUUUGUGCUAAAGAAUUUGCAGCACUGAAGACAUGCUUUGCAAAAGCUGCCAAGAAAAAAGUCAAAUGAAUGAGAAAAUCCUUGACUGGGUUGCAAAUUUGGUAGUCAAGAUGAUAAAUCUUGAAUGAUGCUGUGAGAGCAAAAUUUUUAACUGAGAAUGAACUACCUUACUGUGCACACUUUCAUUUCUUAUGCAAGGUUCAAACGUCUCUACAAUGACAUUUUAGUAAAUGGAUUUGUGCCUGAACAACUCUCACCAUUUAAUUGUAGCCUUUAUUAUAAACCAAAGUGCAUAUAUAAAAGAAUGUCAAUAGAAAUAUUGUCAGAAAAUAAAUCUGUACCAAGGCAAAGCAUGUGCUGACAAAGCAAUAAUGUAUUUACCUACAUAUUACUGUAUUUCUGUUGCACAGCAAGCACAUGGGGUAAAUGUGCUAGGUUGUCUUCAAUUGUGGGCAAAGCAAAACAUUCAGUCUACAUUAUACCCAAAAGCUCCAGCAUUAUGUUGAAUUGAGACAUAUAGACAAAAAAAACAUACUUUAAGAAACAUUAUUACACAUUUACAGUAUUUACACUUCUACUUCAUGGAAAAAAACGUAACAGAUGAGAAAAUGCAGAAAGGAGAUAGAAAGAAAAAUAAACAUGGUAAAAGACAAAAGUGACUCAUGAUUUUCAUUAUGUAUUCACUUUCAAUAGAAUGUAUUAGCAUAUACUGUAUGUAUGUACAUUUUACCAUUUAAUCUCUUCAAUUUUCAGACCCAUGACAAAAAUAAGUUAAUAUGUACAAACUUCUUUCAUAAGGACUUUGGGUACAAAGCUUAACAGGAAAAAAAAUUAUCUUUGUAACAAUUGUCUAUUUAUUUGGAGUUUGUGCAGGUAGAAGUGUAAAAGAGUUAUUUCAUCUCCUUAUCCUCUGAGGUCUGCUUAAUCUGCCGUGAAUGCACCAUAGCCCCAACAAGAAGCUUCUCCUCCAGGGCUACAUGCAGGUCGUGGCCCCCGAGCUCCAGCAGGGGCUCCAGCCCAUGCACUGCCCUGGGCACCCCGGGCAUCUCCAGAGCCCCCACGGCCCUCCGUCUUCGCUUUAGAUCCAUCUCUCCCUCGUCCCUCGCCAUCUCACGGGAGCCCUGAGGGUGAGGCUGGGCUUUGAUGGCCCCAUCUUCCUGGUCCUCUCCGGGGUCCGCCUGAGCAGCAACUUUCUCUUUGAGGUCUCGUCCUCCUUUCUUCAAAGCUUCGCCGUCUUCUCUCUGUGCCCCCUGUGCAGCCUUUUGGGCUUCCAGGUCUUGCUCCAGCUGGGCUAACCUCUCCUGCGCCUCCUUUUCUUUCCUCUCAACUAUUUCAUUGUCUGCUUUUUCAAUCUCCUGCUGGCGUCUCUCCUUGGCGGCCUUCUCCUGUGCUAAUUUCUCUCUUAGUGCCUUCUCUCUCUCCAGCUUCUCUCUCUUCUCCCUAUCCUGUCUUUCCUUUUCCACCUCUUUCUCAAGUCUCUCCUGCUCUCUGGCCAACUUUUCUUGUGCCUCUCUCUCCAGCUGUUCUUUUUCUAACUGUUCUCUUUCUACUUUCUUCUCCAAUUCCGGUUCCCUGGCCACCUUUUCUUUCAUCCCCCGAUCAAGCUGUUCUUGUCUCACCCAUAGCUCACUGUCACGCUGUCUUUUUUUCAUGUUCUCCUUUUCAUCAUCCUGCUUGUGUUCCUCAUCCUUAAGCUGGGCUAUCUGUUCAUUUUGAGCUAGAGGCUGUUGGCCCUCAGGUACUUUCCUCAUUAAGGGCACUCCUCUCGCUCCCAACUCACUUUGCUGAUGGGAUUCUGCUGUGGGUACAACCGGGUUGUUUCCUUUGUUAGCUGCUGGAACAGCUAAUUUGGCUACCUCCGCUCCCUUGUCCUCAACCUGAACUGGAUUCUGGACCACAUGAGGCUCAGCGCCAGCAGCUUGUGGAGCCCCGACUCCUGCUGCAUCCUUGGGCUGCUUCACAUCUGAGGCCUGGACAUACUCUCUAGGCUUUGCUGCUCCUCCUUCUGCCCCCUCCUCGUGUUCCUGGAGGCCUUUCUCCAGCUCACCUGUAGGAGCAUUUGAUGAAUGAACAUCUUGUUGCACAGUUUUAGAAUUCUAAAGACACACUAUGGACCCUUCAGCCGAUUUACGCAUACAUGUUAAUUAUACAAUGCUGUAUUACUGCAAUCUUCCUGACUUUCAAAUCAAUUUGUCAUUUUUGCAAGGUUGUCAUUCUGCGUCAAAGCGCUAACAUUAUUCAAGUGAACUGGACUUUAGGUGUCAAUAGUGUCCAAGCACAGAAUGGAUUGCCGACUACAUUUCAUUCAUCAAUCAAUGGUUUGGAUGGACUCCUAAAUGUUAAUUAUUCCGUUUACCAUAACAUUUGGACAAUUCCGUUCUUCCAAUUUUGUGGGAACAGUUUACUGUCUUUCAUUUUUACUUUGUGUGAUGCCUUCAAUAUCUCACAAAAGUGAGUACAGCCCUCAUAUUUCGGCAACCUUUUUCAUUACAGUAUACCUUGUCAAGGGACAAUACUAUAGAAAUUAAACUUGAAUAUACUUUACAGAGUAGUCAGUGUACAUUUUAGCAGUAUAGAUUAACGAUCCGAAAAUGAGUAAAAAAAAAAAAAAAAAGUCUAUAUUGUCUGCCUACAGUCAUGGUGGUGGUAGUGUCAUAGUCUGGGGCAUAGUCUGAAUGCUGCUGGCACUGGGAAGCUGCAGUUCGAGGGAAACAAAUUCCAACAUGUAUUGUGAGAUUCUGCCAACGCUGUGAUGUCAUCAUGGAGCAGUGGAAGAGGAUUCCAAGAGAUUUAAGGCAGUGCUAGAUAACAAUGGUGCUCACCCUAAAUAUUGACAAUUCAGACAUGUUCACUGUGAGGUGUACUUACUUGUGUUGCCAACUACUUAGACAAUAAUAGCUGUGUUGAGUCGCUUUCAGUGGAUAGUAAAUUUGUACUGUGUUCCAAGCUGUACACUGACUACUCUUAAGUUACAUUAAUUUCUAUAGUAAAGCAUUUCAGUAUGUGGAAUCAAAUUAUGGAACGGCUUGAACAAGGAACUCUAACAAUGCACUAAGCGAUUUCAAGAAACAAUACAAGCAGUUGAUGUUUGCAAAAUUCAAGGAAGAAGAGCCUUAAAUCGCUGUGUACCAAAUGCUAUGUCUAACCCACAACACUCAUUACUCUUCAUUCUUCUGAGUUCAUUGUCAGUACUCACCCAUUAUCCAACUAUGUUCUGUUCUGUCUAUUAUAUACUAUUAUUUAUUAUGACUGUUAUAUCAAUUAUUUACGAUCACAAGAACUUUGUGAACUAUUUUAUCACAUUGAAGUGAAUAAAUGUAUUGCAAUUCAUGUGAAACUCAUGGGGGUAGGAUUAAAUAAGCUUUACUUCUUCCUACUCCUUUUAGACAUUGUGUUAUUUGAUGUAUUCCAAUGCAACUUGUAUGCAGGUUCGAAUAUAUUAAAACCAUUACCAUUACCAUAGCACUGUCCCCUUAAAAAGAUAUGGUGCUGAAAUAUGAGGGGUGUACUCACAAUAGUGACAUACUGGUGUUGCAAUACUUUUAUGCAUAUUGGUUUGGUUUAAUUUUAUUUGAACAUGCAUGCAGGUUACAAUGGAAUACAUCUCAUGAAUUAUUUCACAGUUCCACAUGUCCAAAAGGAAUAGGAAGAAGCAAAGCUUAUUUAAUCCUACCCCCCCAUCCAUUCAACAUCUUAUGUAGUACAUAUUUCUCACUUCCUACAUUCCAUGGAAUAUUAUUCUAUAUAAUAAUCAGUGUAAUAAUAAAUAAAUAAAAACAAGUAUGACAGAACAAUAAGUAUAAUAAUUAAGACUCUUCUGCCUUAUAUUUAGCAGAAAUCAACUGCUUGUAUUGUUUUUUGAAUUUGCUCGUCGUACAUUGUUUGAGUUCCUUGC